CGGUUUAAAGAAUACGUACUUGAUUGGUGGACUGUAUUGGACUGGAUAACAAUGGUUGUGUAUACUGUUGGAAUGCUGCUUAAACUGGGCGAUGAGAAAGGUUUUCGUGAUGCAUCUAAGAUGGUUUUGGUGCUGACUUUCAUACUUCUCUGCAUCAGGUCUUUGAAUACGUUGAUGAUAUCAGAGAUUGUUGGAACAAAGCUUAUUAUGAUAAAGAGAAUGUUCCUGGACACGUUCGCCUUCCUGACAAUCAUGACGGUGGUCACUGGCUGCUACUGCGUGUCAUACUACGCAAUUCUUUUUAGUGACAACUCAGAUCUCAGUUAUUCUGAAAUUGAAAGGAUUAUCCAGAAUGGAUUUUGGAUUGUAUUUGGAGAAAAUGACCUGACAUAUGACAACAUGAAACCACCUCAUUGCACAACGAACAAGACUCUAUACAAGAGUGGUGAAAUGCCUCGGUGUGCCUCUGAAUGGGGAUUACAUUUGGGACCAUACAUUAAAGCAAUGUAUGCUUUGAUAACAAUCGUCUUGCUUUUAAAUCUUCUGAUUGCAAUGUACAGUGAAAUCAAAGCUAAAGCAGGAUAUGAUUGUUACGAGGGCUUCAUGCGUCGUCAUCCACAACUUGCCAUAAGAAAGCCUGAAGGCCUCUCAGCGGCACGAGAAAUGAUGUUAAGCAAGCACGUCGUGACAUCCUACUUCCAAUUGCUAGGAAAUACAGUAAAUAGGUUAAAGCUAUUUGACAAAGGUUCUUAA